UUCCACGUUUACAUUGAGAUCCAGUGACCAAUUAAAACAGUGUUUUGUGAAAACUUUUCAAACGUAGGACCCCACUAACGUCGUACCAUACCAAUCCUAACCGUUCAUCAACCAAACAUCACCCAAACUCCAAAUAUCCACCAUUGAUCUCUCCUACCCUGUCCUCUCUUUUUUUUUGGUCAAACUACUAGGUCCUCUUCAUUUCUUUUUAAUUACAGUACUCAUUAAUUUUGUUCAUCUUAAAAAUUAAUCGAAUCUUCAUCUGCACUUCAAACAACUAGAAAAACUCCGCCGUGCACAACACCACCACUACACUGACAGCAACAUGUCAACUAUCUAACCCUUACAAUUCACUCAAACUUUCCCAUCUUUACACCUUAAACUUUUUCUUCAAUUUCAGUCCCUAAUCAAACUUAACUCCUUUUCAUUUCAAGGUAAAGCUAUGGAUUCUUUAGAUUCACCUCCGAGUUCAACAAAACCAACUCACCACGAAGAUCAACUAACUCAAUCAACCGCGCUUCUCUCAUUCAACACCGAUUCCUCCUCCGAUCCAUCAAACCCAACUCGUAAACACACCACCACCAUCAUCUUCAUCUCACUUCUCCUCACCACUUGCAUUGCUCUCUCCGCCGCUUCAGCUUUCGCUUUCCUCUUCUUCGACGACAAAACGACACCGUCGUCCAUCCAAACGACAUCCCGUCCGCAGACCAAGCUCAACCACCCAGUAGUUCUCUUAAUAUCGUCAGACGGGUUCCGAUUCGGUUACCAGUGGAAAACUCCAACGCCCAAUAUCCACCGUCUGAUCAACAACGGAACCGAAGCCGAAACCGGUUUGAUUCCGGUCUACCCUUCACUUACUUUUCCUAAUCAUUACUCAAUCGUAACCGGUCUGUACCCUGCUUAUCACGGCAUUAUAAAUAACCAUUUUGUUGACCCUGAGACUGGUGAGAAUUUUAAUAUGGGUAGCCAUGAACCCAAGUGGUGGCUCGGUGAGCCACUCUGGGAGACUGUGGCUAACCAUGGUUUAAAAGCGGCUACUUAUUUUUGGCCUGGGUCUGAGGUUCAUAAGGGUUCGUGGAGUUGUCCUGAUAAAUAUUGUAUGUUUUAUAAUGGUUCUGUUCCGUUUGAGGAUCGAGUUGAUAAGAUUUUGAGUUAUUUUGAUUUGCCUAGUGAUGAUAUUCCUGUGUUUAUGACAUUGUAUUUCGAGGACCCGGAUCAUCAGGGUCAUCAAGUGGGUCCUGAUGAUCCUGAGGUGACUGAAGCUGUUGAUAGAAUUGAUCGAAUGAUCGGGAAGUUGAUUAACGGGUUGGAGAAGAGAGGCGUUUUCGAGGAUGUUAAUGUUAUUAUGGUUGGUGAUCACGGUAUGGUCGGUACUUGUGAUAAGAAGUUGGUAUUUUUAGAUGAUUUAGCUCCUUGGAUUCAAAUUCCAGCUGAUUGGGUUCAGUCUUAUACUCCAUUGCUGGCAAUUCGUCCGCCUUCAGGUGUAGCUUUAUCGGAUGUUGUUGCUAAGAUGAAUGAAGGAUUGCAGUCGGGGAAAAUUGAAAAUGGUAAGCAUUUGAAGGUGUAUCUUAAGGAGGAUUUGCCGAAAAGGCUUCAUUAUGCAUCGAGUGAUAGGAUUACGCCGAUAGUAGGGAUUGUUGACGAGGCUUAUAAGGUCGAACUGACGAAAAAAAGGCGACAACAAGAGUGUGGAGGAGCACAUGGUUAUGACAAUGAAGUUUUCUCUAUGAGGACUAUCUUCAUUGGUCAUGGUCCUCAGUUUGCUAGGGGGCGAAAGGUGCCGUCUUUUGAGAAUGUUCAUAUUUACAACAUGAUUACUUCGAUACUCGGGAUUAACGGUGCUGCGAAUAAUGGAUCUAUGUCAUUUGCACAGAAUGUUAUUUUGCCUAAUUCUUAGGAAAAAUAUCUAAGUGGUCUAAGCGUACGGUUGAGCUGGAUAAUUUUCUUUUGAAGUCGCACGAACAUAUAAAAAAUCCCGACAUAGAUGUCUGGGGAUAAUAUAUUAUGGCUGUGAUGAAGGUAAUUAAGCUACUAUCUAAUCUUGUCAUUGCCAACUAUAUUAUCAUUUUGUUUGAACAUCUGUUAUAAGAUGCAGAUCCAAGGAUGGAACACUUUAUGUAACUGGUGAAUGUGCAUCAUGUAGCACGUCAAGUAAUCAAUUAACUCGCACUUUUUAUAGAUUUCAACUUUCCGAUUCCUGUUCCAUAGAUGUUAAGUGUGUAGCUUAGACCGAUAUUCUCUACUUUUCUAUGCGCCUAACUCGUAGAAUAUGAGAUCUUGUAAUAAUAUCCAUUGCUAGCGCCAAAUGGAAAAUUGCAGAAAUUCAAUCAAUUAUAAUGAUAUUUCCGUAUAUUAUUUUGCUAA